CACUGGAGUAAGAUGGCCGCCGUGGAGGGACGCCGGUGACUCCACUUCGAGUCAACUAGCCUUUCUUAUACAUAUCUAUGACAGGAAUUAUGUUUGGCAAGAAGGAGCAGCUGAUGACAAAUCACAGAAACUUCCCCAUGGAGAGGACUGUGACGGAGCAGCGCCCCCACUCACUGCUGGCAGCGCAAAUGUGGGCACACACAAGGUACAGACGCGCCAAACUUUCCCCUCUCUGCUGGAGUCUCCUGUCGGCAGGUAAACACCGCCAUCAUUUCUCUUUCUAAACACUAUCAAGGUUUCACACUCGGGGACUCUAUUUUUAACAUGAAAACUAAAUCUAAACGGGGUCAGACCCACUUACCGGCAAAAGGUGUAUUGCAUCCAUGCUCUGCUGUGUCUGCUAGUGUAUCCAAACACGGAAACGGAGCGCACCAUUUCCGCACAGUAAAUAGGCGAAUGUGGCGGUCAAAUGUGGUCAAAUGAUUUAAGAAAAUAGAACUCUUUGUUGUUUUGCAUUUAUCCCUUAAAAUUCAUGCACUGUUUAAAGAGAAAUUGCAGUCACAUUUUUAAAGGGAUUAUGUUGAAAUUAUGUUGGCUGCUAAUCAAUGCUCAACUGAGGGGGCCAGGGGAGCUAAAAGAGGGCUGCUCAGGAUUUUGAGUCAGUCCUCUUUAGUUUGCACAGACGGUAGAGCUUAGCUUAAAUUGACUUUGCAUUGCCACAGGUUUGUCCUCCCGUGAGUCUUUAUGAGUUACUGCAGAACUCUUGCCUUGGUGGCUUUCUUUGUUGUAGAUUUUGUAAAUGGUGAUGUGAUCGUUUUACACAUUUUUGUACAUAUUUUUGCACUGCACCUUGGGAGGCUGGCUGCAGAUAAAUUUUACUGAAAUGCAUUUUUUUCAAGUAGGUUAUGUCUGUGUUUUCCACUUUUAGUGAGUUUUCAGGGAAAACAUCUUGCAGGUAUGAAGGAUGCAGUUUGUUUUGGGGGCUCCCAGUGGGAAAAGCUUUGCAUUGUGUUUCUGCGUAAAGACGUCUAUUGUUUCCAGCAGAGUGCAGUUCCCAUACAGCUGUGUAGCUUUCUUUAGUUUUAUGUUUUUUGCCAUCUUGCCACUCGCUGAGGUACUAUUUUAGCUCAGCCUACAGUAACUUUAAAAGUUAUGAGAUACUGGAACACUGCCUACGAUAAUUCUUCCUCGGCUGUUUUCUUGUUAUUUUUAAUUGAGACUGUCAAUCAAACCAGCACUCCACAGGGUUCAUUUCCUUUAUAGUACACCACCAUUUCAUUUGAAUGCAUAAUUAGGACCUAAUGAUAGGAAAAGCUAUUAUUAGGUGUUGCCACUAGGCAUGUAUCCAGCAUGCUUUGAGCAGCUGUUUGGUGCAAUACUCUGGAUAAAAUACUCCAAUUGGAUUUUAAACUGAUAUACUGGUUGCAAUGAUGUAAAGAAUGCAGCUCACUUUUUAGACAAGAAAAAAAGGGAAUUACAAGUGCAUCCAAUUCAUUUUAUUUUCUAGGAAUUCUUCAUUUUCUUCUCUUUUUUUGAGAGAAAUAACCACAACCAUUUCUUUUUAACAGAUUACUUCCACCUCACUGUUUGGUUCCUCUGGGAUUUAAGCUACCGUGAAUGUGUCAUAAAUUUCACAGUUUUCUUGUAUGAUUUCCCACAUUUUCAGGCUGACAGUGACUGCUAUCUUUUUGCUUAAGAAUUAAAAAAUUUGCUGAUUAUUUCAUUUUAUUUUUAUUAGUGCCUUAUUAGUGCCAUUAAAAUCUGUGAAUGCCCUGGACCUCUGCCAGUAAAGCGUUUUUUUUAAUUAGAUAUGAAAAGGUCUCAAUAAUUGAUUGAUAAAUAAAACAUCUCUAUUAUAGUUGCUAAAACAUUCAACAAUGUCACUUUCAUAAUAGAUAAAAUUGACUGAAUUUCCAGCACUGGCCUGAGUUCCUGCCAACACUGUGUGAGUUUGUCUCCUCAUGAACACCUCCAACGCUGUAUAUGAAGGUCAUCAGCAAGGGUACCAGAGUAAUUAUAUAUUUUCACUUCUGCAAGCCAAUCAGUAAAAGCCAUUCUUGGCCCUUGGCAGGUCAGAGUUCACUGCUCUCAGAGUGGUCACACAGCAAUUAACCUGCUAUGCAUACUGUACAAACGGUCUCUCCUCUUUUGUUCCUGCCUUUCUCUCGCUCUCUUACAUUUUGGGGUCCAAAUGCAUGCGUAGCCUAUAAACUGCUCUUCCUCCCUGCUUACUUUCCAUUUUUGCCUUUAUAUAUAGAUUCAGUUCUUUCAAAUCGAGUAUUUUAGUGUAGACAUUUGCACAUUGUAUUGGAGAGAUUUAGAAAAAAAUGUAAUCUUAGGUAAACAGCAAGCUUUCUGCCCAUCUUUCUCAAUACCUGCAUCCUGUCUUUUCUUCAUUGCACGACACUGCGAUGUACCUUGUGCACAGACACACACACACACGCACACAAAGAGGCACAAUACAUGAUGCGGUGUGGGGUUUUCACCUUUUCUUGCAGACACAUGCCAUUUCAGGUUUGCAUGUGCAGCAUUUCCCCCCCCGAGCUAAGAGGCUGCCUCGUGACAUACUCUAGGAAUAUUCGUAGACACAUGGACUUCUCCUCACACAUUAUUAAGGCUGUAAUUCUGUAAUGUUAUCUUCAAAGUCUGACAUUAAUUUUAUGUGUUUAAAGAAUACAUUUAACUUCAAAACAAAAGGUGUACACUUAUAUAAAGUCUCCACCUUGGCUUUCUCACAAAUCCAUUAUAGAUAGAUAGAUAGAUAGAUAGAUAGAUAGAUAGACUGUUACAACUGUAAAGGGAUGUUCAGUUAUAUUUGCUCUGUAAUAAUACAGAAACUUGUCCAUGAAAACAUCAUGGAAGUCUGUAUAACAGACGAGAAGCUUGACAAAGACAGAGUGGCACUGAAGUUAACCUCCAUUACACACACACAUAAACAUCAACACACACACGAACACCCAGACACACACACACAGAAAGAAAACAGGGGAAGGAAACACUGCUGUUUUCUUUUAUGACAGCCUGGCAGUAUAUUAAUAUUACAUAUUACACCCAAACAUCAUUUUUAUUUAUUAAUUUAUCUGUUAAAUGUCUUUUCUUAUCGCUGCUAGCAAACCAUCUGCUGUUUGGAAACACGGGGUUGAAUGAAGGCGUGGGAAUGUUCAGCACAAUAGAACAUAAUAGAAUCACAAACACAAGUGCGUUUUACAGACCUAACAGAUUAGUGUACUGUAGAAGACAAUGAAUAAUUCUCUUUCUCUAUUAAAACCUUCAUAACAAAGCAGGAGCUGGUGCGUCUUAUCAGUGCUGACAGGAUGUAUGGGUGUAUUUUUAGGGCCCGAGCGUAGCUGCUAAGCAGCUGCGAGAGCCCUCUUGUUCCUGCAUGUUUCCUUCUUUUGUUAUUAGGGCCCGAGCGUAGCUGCUAAGCAGCUGCGAGAGCCCUAUUAUUCCCCAAGGGGUUUUUCUUUGUUUCUUUUUUCUUUUUCCUCCCCUUUGAACUGGAAAAUGGCCCACUUCCCACUGGCGAAAACUCAUGAAAUUUGGCAGGACGACCGGGCCUGGUGAAAAAUUUGAUAUUCCGAAGUCGCCCAAACAAGAAAAUGCAAAAUGGCUCCAUAGCGCCCCCUAAGGUGAAAAAUUCACCUGACGCCUGUACGCUUUGUCAAAAUGACACAAAAAUUGACACACACAUGUAUCUCAAUAAGAUCUACAAAAAAGUCAGUGCGGGCGUAUCUGUCAAAUGUACGGUUAAAGGGUUAUUGCGCAUUUUUUGCCGAUCCGCACACAUUGGAAUUUCGCUAACUCCUCCGAAGGCUUUCGUUCCACCGGCACCACAUUUGCUCAGGCCAAUCUACACCCCAUGGCCAUUAAAAGUUAUUCAAAUCAUGACGCUGCACCCCACGGUUUAGGUUCUAGGGGGCGCCAAAGAUAACACUAAAAUCCACAUAUUUCAAAGUCUUAUAACUUUUUAUUUUUGUCCUCACUGGCCUCCAAGUUUUCUAGGAUGAUGCAAUGUCCAGCCAUCAACACAUUUGUGAAGGAAUUUUUACUCCCCAAAAGAGCGCCCCCCCAUGGCAGGAGAAAAAAGUCCAUUUUUUCUUGUCCCCUAAGGUGAAAAUACACAUUGUUGAGUGUCACGCCUGUACGCUUUGUCAAAAUGACACAAAAAUUGACACACACAUGUAUCUCAAUAAGAUCUACAAAAAAGUCAAUGGGCGCGUAUCUGUCAAAUGUACGGUUAAAGGGUUAUUCCGCAUUUUUUGCCGAUUCGCACACAUUGGAAUUUCGCUAACUCCUCCGAAGGCUUUCGUUCCACCGGCACCACAUUUGCUCAGGCCAAAUUACACCCCAUGGCCAUUAAAAGUUAUUCAAAUCAUGACGCUGCACCCCACGGUUUACGUUCUAGGGGGCGCCAAAGAUAACCCAAAAAUCCAAAUUUUUAAAAGUCUUAUAACUUUUUAUUUUUGUCCUCACUGGCCUCCAAGUUUUCUAGGAUGAUGCAAUGUCCAGCCAUCAACACAUUUGUGAAGGAAUUUUUACUCCCUAAAAGAGCGCCCCCCCAUGGCAGGAGAAAAAAGUCCAUUUUUUCUUGUCCCCUAAGGUGAAAAUACACAUUGUUGACUGUCACGCCUGUACGCUUUGGCAAAAUGACACAAAAAUUGACAAUCAUGUGUAUCUCAAUUAGAUCUACGAAAAAGUCAAGAGCGCGUAUCUGUAUAAUGUACGGUAAAAGGGCUAUUUUGCAUUUUUUGCCGAUUCGCACAUAUUGGAAUUUCGCUAACUCCUCCUAAGGCUUUCGUCCCACUGACACCAAAUUUGCUCAGGCCAAUCUACACUCCAUGGCCAUUCAAAGUUGUAAAAAUCAUGACGCGGCACCCCACGGUUUACGUUUUAGGGGGCGCCAAAGAUGACCCAAAUAUACAUUACAGUAGACAAAGUAGUUUUGCCCACUGAGUGGCGCCAAAGGGACUUGUCUGUGGAGUCUGUGAGUCACUAUUGGCCGUUUUUGACUACUUUAGAUUUUACCUUUAUAUUUCCUCUUACAAAAUUUUUACCUUGCCUUGCCUGGUAUCAUUUUUUUCAGCACAACCUCACCUGUGUCAAUUUACAGUUAUUUUAUCAUUUUGACAUACUAUAUUUACACAUUGGACCCAAAUUCACACACAAAACAUAAAAUCCGAGUGGAAAAAAGUAACGUUUUUACUGUGAAAACCACAAAUAUGUGUGAUGAACUGUUUUUAAAACUUAAACUUCAAAUAAAAAUUGUAAACUUCAAAACAUAUGCAAAUUUUUAACAAAGAACAUAGUAAUUUACCUCUAUUUACAUCAAAAUGCAGGCAAUGGCCCAGGUGUUCUUUGUAAAAUUAUUUACAAAACACUGUAUAGUCUCACAAAUGUCACUUUUUAUUUAUGCCACUACAAAAAAACAUGAUGUAAAUGAUGCAUGAUGUAAAACAUGAUGUAAAAAACUUGUGUAGAUCCUCCUCUAUGUCAGUCCAUGUGUAAUUUUUCCAUAAUUCUUUGUUUUUUGCAGCAUUUUUGUUAGUGUAACUGCAGAUUGUGCUGACAGUGUCUAUGGCAAAAAAAAAAAAAACUGAAAAUGCCUCAACAUGAACCCCUGGUGGUCUCUGAGGGUGAAACCUGCUAACUGCUGCAGCUCUGUCAGCUUCAGUCUCCCAUGCAGAGCUCGGAGCGCAUGUGUGGCUCUGCACCCUUAGCAGCGUUGCUAACUCCUCAGUAAGGAAAGCCUGCUUCAUGUCAGAGUCUCUAAACUCCAGAAGAAGUCGAUAAAAGUCACUUUCUUUCUAAAAAAACGUCGUUAGGGGGUCUGAAAAGUCAUUGAAUCUAACAACAAAGUCGCUAGGUUUGCAACUACGUGUCCCAGACUGCAUCCCUGCUGAGAGUCCCUCCCUCCCUUCUCAUAUUGCAGGAAGAACGUAAGCGCCCGCCCCUUGUCAAUCAGUCACCAUAUAAUUUUGGAUUGGUUGUUGUGGUGAAGUUUUCCACCAAUAGGAGAGAUGUUGUGGUGUGUUUUUUUUUUCCUUUGGCAAGCCUUUUCCGCCUGUAAGACCUGUCGCUAAUGUCUGCAUGCUAUGUUUUCCUGUCUCAUACAGCGCGAUCGAGCGCCGAACGUGAUCAAAAUAAGCAGAAAACAAGUAUCGCGGACAUAAUUUAUCAUAACUCUGGUUUUAUUUGGCCUAUCAACACAAUUUAAAAACUGGUAUAUAGGUUGAGGUCCUCACUUUUGAGAUAAGUUGAAACGGAGAGUCAACGAGGCUCCGUCUUGCAGCUACAUCCGGUUAAAUAUGUCAUGUGACUUGAACGCACACACACACACACACACACACACACACACACACACACACGCACACACACACACUCAGAGUCUGGUUUUUAGCACCUGCAAAAACAUGCUAUUUACAUAUUUGACAAGAAUGCAGAGGCUCCUUUUGCCCCUGAAAAAAAUCAAAUUUCAAACACAACUUGACUGGUCAUUUCUCCAAAAGACAACCAUGAAGCUCCAUCCAAACCUGAAGCAGGCAGUUGGUGCAUGUGUACAGUAACCUGAGGGGAGUGAGGUGACUGCUUCUGAGGAGAACAUGAGCAGUGAAGAUUCACCUUAGAGCUAGAACAGAGACGUGCACAUGAUUAUACAGGGGCAGGGGCUCAAGUUUUUUCCAGUUGUUUAUACAAUAUGGAAAUUAAUGUGAAAUUAAAAAACAAAGUAUUAAUAGAAAGGUAAUGAAUGUCCUGUGUAGGUGACAGUGAUAUCCAAUAGGCUAGGCACUCACGAGGCUGGCUGUGGCAAGUGUAAGUGAAAGCAACAUGCACUGGCAGGAAGAACAGCAAACGCCGAUGAAGGAAAAGGGUCUUUGCAGUGAUGGGCGUUACCAGAGAGGGCGAUGGCCAGAGGACGCGAAUAGGACGGGGAGGCAGCGCGUUGGGGGGGGGGACGCGACACAGCUCGGGCCCGCCAGUGCCCCAACGGGGUCCUAGUUAUUAUUUUUCCUCCCCUUUGAACUGGAAAAUGGCCCACUUCCCACUGGCGAAAACUCAUGAAAUUUGGCAGGACGACCGGGCCUGGUGAAAAAUUUGAUAUUCCGAAGUCGCCCAAACAAGAAAAUGCAAAAUGGCUCCAUAGCGCCCCCUAAGGUGAAAAAUUCACCUGACGCCUGUACGCUUUGUCAAAAUGACACAAAAAUCGACACACACAUGUAUCUCAAUAAGAUCUACAAAAAAGUCAGUGCGGGCGUAUCUGUCAAAUGUACGGUUAAAGGGUUAUUGCGCAUUUUUUGCCGAUCCGCACACAUUGGAAUUUCGCUAACUCCUCCGAAGGCUUUCGUUCCACCGGCACCACAUUUGCUCAGGCCAAUCUACACCCCAUGGCCAUUAAAAGUUAUUCAAAUCAUGACGCUGCACCCCACGGUUUAGGUUCUAGGGGGCGCCAAAGAUAACACUAAAAUCCACAUAUUUCAAAGUCUUAUAACUUUUUAUUUUUGUCCUCACUGGCCUCCAAGUUUUCUAGGAUGAUGCAAUGUCCAGCCAUCAACACAUUUGUGAAGGAAUUUUUACUCCCCAAAAGAGCGCCCCCCCAUGGCAGGAGAAAAAAGUCCAUUUUUUCUUGUCCCCUAAGGUGAAAAUACACAUUGUUGAGUGUCACGCCUGUACGCUUUGUCAAAAUGACACAAAAAUUGACACACACAUGUAUCUCAAUAAGAUCUACAAAAAAGUCAAUGGGCGCGUAUCUGUUAAAUGUACGGUUAAAGGGUUAUUCCGCAUUUUUUGCCGAUUCGCACACAUUGGAAUUUCGCUAACUCCUCCGAAGGCUUUCGUUCCACCGGCACCACAUUUGCUCAGGCCAAAUUACACCCCAUGGCCAUUAAAAGUUAUUCAAAUCAUGACGCUGCACCCCACGGUUUACGUUCUAGGGGGCGCCAAAGAUAACCCAAAAAUCCAAAUUUUUAAAAGUCUUAUAACUUUUUAUUUUUGUCCUCACUGGCCUCCAAGUUUUCUAGGAUGAUGCAAUGUCCAGCCAUCAACACAUUUGUGAAGGAAUUUUUACUCCCUCAAAGAGCGCCCCCCCAUGGCAGGAGAAAAAAGUCCAUUUUUUCUUGUCCCCUAAGGUGAAAAUACACAUUGUUGACUGUCACGCCUGUACGCUUUGGCAAAAUGACACAAAAAUUGACAAUCAUGUGUAUCUCAAUUAGAUCUACGAAAAAGUAAAGAGCGCGUAUCUGUAUAAUGUACGGUAAAAGGGCUAUUUUGCAUUUUUUGCCGAUUCGCACAUAUUGGAAUUUCGCUAACUCCUCCUAAGGCUUUCGUCCCACUGACACCAAAUUUGCUCAGGCCAAUCUACACUCCAUGGCCAUUCAAAGUUGUAAAAAUCAUGACGCGGCACCCCACGGUUUACGUUUUAGGGGGCGCCAAAGAUGACCCAAAUAUACAUUACAGUAGACAAAGUAGUUUUGCCCACUGAGUGGCGCCAAAGGGACUUGUCUGUGGAGUCUGUGAGUCACUAUUGGCCGUUUUUGACUAAUUUAGAUUUUACCUUUAUAUUUCCUCUUACAAAAUUUUUACCUUGCCUUGCCUGGUAUCAUUUUCUUCAGCACAACCUCACCUGUGUCAAUUUACAGUUAUUUUAUCAUUUUGACAUACUAUAUUUACACAUUGGACCCAAAUUCACACACAAAACAUAAAAUCCGAGUGGAAAAAAGUAAUGUUUUUACUGUGAAAACCACAAAUAUGUGUGAUGAACUGUUUGUAAAACUUAAACUUCAAAUAAAAAUUGUAAACUUCAAAACAUGCAAAUUUUUAACAAAGAACAUAGUAAUUUACCUCUAUUUACAUCAAAAUGCAGGCAAUGGCCCAGGUGUUCUUUGUAAAAUUAUUUACAAAACACUGUAUAGUCUCACAAAUGUCACUUUUUAUUUAUGCCACUACAAAAAAACAUGAUGUAAAUGAUGCAUGAUGUAAAACAUGAUGUAAAAAAUUUGUGUAGAUCCUCCUCUAUGUCAGUCCAUGUGUAAUUUUUCCAUAAUUCUUUGUUUUUUGCAGCAUUUUUGUUAGUGUAACUGCAGAUUGUGCUGACAGUGUCUAUGGCAAAAAAAAAAAAAAAAACUGAAAAUGCCUCAACAUGAACCCCUGGUGGUCUCUGAGGGUGAAACCUGCUAACUGCUGCAGCUCUGUCAGCUUCAGUCUCCCAUGCAGAGCUCGGAGCGCAUGUGUGGCUUUGCACCCUUAGCAGCGUUGCUAACUCCUCAGUAAGGAAAGCCUGCUUCAUGUCAGAGUCUCUAAACUCCAGAAGAAGUCGAUAAAAGUCACUUUCUAUCUAAAAAAACGUCGUUAGGGGGUCUGAAAAGUCAUUGAAUCUAACAACAAAGUCGCUAGGUUUGCAACUACGUGUCCCAGACUGCAUCCCUGCUGAGAGUCCCUCCCUCCCUUCUCAUAUUGCAGGAAGAACGUAAGCACCCGCCCCUUGUCAAUCAGUCACCAUAUAAUUUUGGAUUGGUUGUUGUGGUGAAGUUUUCCACCAAAAGGAGAGAUGUUGUGGUGUGUUUUUUUUUUCCUUUGGCAAGCCUUUUCCGCCUGUAAGACCUGUCGCUAAUGUCUGCAUGCUAUGUUUUCCUGUCUCAUACAGCGCGAUCGAGCGCCGAACGUGAUCAAAAUAAGCAGAAAACAAGUAUCGCGGACAUAAUUUAUCAUAACUCUGGUUUUAUUUGGCCUAUCAACACAAUUUAAAAACUGGUAUAUAGGUUGAGGUCCUCACUUUUGAGAUAAGUUGAAACGGAGAGUCAACGAGGCUCCGUCUUGCAGCUACAUCCGGUUAAAUAUGUCAUGUGACUUGAACGCACACACACACACACACACACACACACACACACACACACACACACACACACAGACACACACACGCACACACACACACACACUCAGAGUCUGGUUUUUAGCACCUGCAAAAACAUGCUAUUUACAUAUUUGACAAGAAUGCAGAGGCUCCUUUUGCCCCUGAAAAAAAUCAAAUUUCAAACACAACUUGACUGGUCAUUUCUCCAAAAGACAACCAUGAAGCUCCAUCCAAACCUGAAGCAGGCAGUUGGUGCAUGUGUACAGUAACCUGAGGGGAGUGAGGUGACUGCUUCUGAGGAGAACAUGAGCAGUGAAGAUUCACCUUAGAGCUAGAACAGAGACGUGCACAUGAUUAUACAGGGGCAGGGGCUCAAGUUUUUUCCAGUUGUUUAUACAAUAUGGAAAUUAAUGUGAAAUUAAAAAACAAAGUAUUAAUAGAAAGGUAAUGACUGUCCUGUGUAGGUGACAGUGAUAUCCAAUAGGCUAGGCACUCACGAAGCUGGCUGUGGCAAGUGUAAGUGAAAGCAACAUGCACUGGCAGGAAGAACAGCAAACGCCGAUGAAGGAAAAGGGUCUUUGCAGUGAUGGGCGUUACCAGAGAGGGCGAUGGCCAGAGGACACAAAUGGGACGGGGAGGCAGCGCGUUGGGGGGGGGACGCGACACAGCUCGGGCCCGCCAGUGCCCCAACGGGGUCCUAGUUUUUUUUAUUCCAGGAAAGCACAAGACAUGAAAAUGCUGGAUGACUCUGAAUUACCAAGAAUAGACUUUUUCAGUCUUUUUCUUUUGCAAUUACACAGAAAUUUAGGUGACAAAGACCUUACAUUAACAUCAUAAUAUGCUUCAAUUCAAACAAAAUCCUCUGAAAUGAUUUUCUUUUUUUUUUUCUGAAUAGCCGCAUCCACCGUUUUAUACAAAGAUAGACAGUCAAGCGCACAGAAGAACUGACAGCCAGACAAACAGGCAGACAAAGAGAGAGAUAGCCACAUGUAGCAUACUGUCGGUAAAAAGGAAUAAGAAGAACCAAAAAAGACUUUGUCAUAUUGAACACUUCUUAAGAGUCUUUUCUUUGGUUUCUGUGGUUUACUUUAUUUACAUCGAGAUGGUGCUGAAUAACCACGGCACAAAUAGAAAAUGCAGUUUCUGCCUGUCUUUUUGGUUAACUUUGUUGUGUAUUUUUGGAAGUUAUCAGAAAACAGUUUUUAUCCAUGCUUCAUACAGUUGAUUUAACUUUUUUUUUGCUGGACUCUGUUGUUUUUUCCCCUUUGAGUGAAAACCAUAUUCACACAGUGGCCAUGUUCCUGGAACUUCAUGUUCAGGUUGAGAGGCUCUGUUGUUAUUGUUUCUUACUGCUGUGUCUCAGUUUCUAAGCCAGAUAAACAUCAAAAUCUGACAAACUUUUCACUUUCCUGCUCCCCAGUCAAUAAGACACUUCAGUGACAAUGUACACUGACAUUUCAGAGCGUCAUUGGGCCUGUCAAGCUGCUUUGACCUUUUCAUUUGUUUUCAUUUUUUUAUUUUUAUUUUUUUUUUGGGGGGGGGGGGUAUCUUGGCAAAUUCAUGAAUCUAUCUUUUCUACUGUUUCAAGAAAAGUGUUGGCAAACAAGUAACAUUUCUUAUGCAUCAUCAAGACUACCAAUGUCUGCCAACAUUGUGUCCAGAAACAAUUCAGUUUUGGCAAAAUUACAUAAAUUAAGGAUGAAUAUUUACUUUAAAGUUAGCUUGUGCAAAAGUUAAAAAAGUAUGUCAUUAUUGUUUCACUUAUGCCCAUCUUUUGCAUAGUGAGUUAAAACAACAUUAUGGCUUGCAGAGUUUUGCCUUAGACUCAUGUACAAUUCAAGCUAAAAACUCACUCAAACAUUUUUAAGAAAGUGGUGAGAUGCUAACGAUAGCUGGGCUGGGAUAGUCACUGUGUAAGUGGAAAAUUAUGAUCGUCUUGUAGUCAUAUGUUUCAAGUGCACCUUGCAUAUUCCUUUUGUAUAUAUUUGUUAAAACACUAUCAUAGUUUUGUACUUCUACUCAGCUAAUGGGUUAUGUUAUAGACUCUGUAAUUUGAAAUAUAACCUAAUGUCUCUCUCAUAGACUGUAUAAACUUAGUUCCGCUUUCCGCCAGUAUACGGAUUUGAAGCUGAAAAGCUCUCUGUAUUUCUGCAUUUCUUCUCCAUUUCCUGAAAUCAACAUUGCGCAGUAGCGUUCCACUCCACCACUUGCUCAGAAGCAUUGUACGCAUUUGGAGGGAGAGUCGCUGUGAUAACACAGGUAUUUUAGUUUAUCUUUAUUUCAGAUUAUUAAGUUUUUUAGGGAGAGUUUCUGUUUGUGACUUCAGCCUUUAUCCACCUAAAAUUACUCACUCCUGUUCUUGUUAUUGCGCUUUGCUAAUGGUAAUAAAUUGUAUUCCUUAAUCGAGGAUGUAUUUCGGCUGGUUAAAGGACCUUUUCAAUCUUUUCUUACUUCUAUUUUGCCCUCUUUUCCUCCUACAUUAGUGCUUAACACUAACAUAAAGACUUUUUCUGACAACAGCAUGAUAUGUGAACACUUUCACCCACUGCUCUGCCUUGAACAACUUUCUGUAGCUGCUGCUGCUUCUUCUCAAUUAUGUUUCUCUUUUGUAAAAAGAAGUAUCUGAAAAAAAUAAAAACACUGAACGUUUAAUGUUGUAGAUGCGUGUUUGCUGAAAGUCUGUGGACAGAUCUCAUAAUGGUGACAAAUAUAAAUCUGCAGUUUCAUGCAGCUCCUCCCCGCCUCUGAUUUCUGCCGCUUGGCUUGCCAGAUAAGAUCCUCAACUUCAAACAUGCAGUCAACGCUCAUUCUGCUAAAGCAGAGAUAGAGAAGGAGGCUUUCUGAGUUCGGAGAUGUUUUCAAUACAGUAUGUGGGCCUGCUAUAGAGAUGGUGAUAAUGUGAAAACAUGGAGUAUAAAUAAAUGAAAGCUCUGAGUAUGGAUUUCCCCAACACAAACAGUACAAUAACAAAACAAUGUCCAUAACACUGACAAACACUUCUCCGUGUGCCAAAUGUUCUUCAGUUUACACACAGAAUAUACUUACUUAUGCAUGUGAGCUCUUCGUUUAUUUUAUCAGCCCCAAAGCAGCAGUUUCAUCAAAGACAAACUUUGAGAGAAUAUAGGUUAGUCUUUCAUCCAAACUGUUUCUGCUUCUCCUUAAACCUUUUUUUAAGUGUUUCAUAAUGAACAUCCCAAGCGUGUCUGUCUGGGAAGUUGGUAAUGGAAUAUUUAUAGAAUAAUUCCGGGAAUACUUGUGGGAAACUCGAGGUUUAACAAGCAGCUUUGUUCUGCUGAGGCACGAUUUCUGAUUUCCUAAGUUGCAGCUCUCCCUUUGUCUUUUUGGGUCUCAGUCUCUCUCUGUUAUUCUUUCUCUGUUCUCUUGUAUACACAGUACAGUACCCAUCUCCUUGACUACCUACCUUCGAUCAGUCUCAGUUUUUAACAUCAGACACCUAAGCUUAGUCAGAACCUCAUUCUGAACCUCAUGCCUUAAGCAUUACAGUAGUAGCUGGCAGAAAUAUUGCAGAACUCAUCCAUCCUGCAAAAUAUUCUCUGGUAAUUGUCACUGCGGGAGAUGCGUGUAAUAUGCACGCUGUGUCUCAAAACUGUCUUUAAUAACCAUUCCUCAUGUGAUUCUGUGCACCAUCUGACAGCUGGAGACAGCUGGAAUCUCCAAAAUAAUUCCCCUUGGGGAUCGAACCACAGUACCACAGCAGUUCAAUUCAGUUUAGCGAUGCGGGUGAGACUUACAAAUUUAAAUCCUUCAUUUUUGUCUCUGGAGCCGGCAGAAUGAAAGAGUAAUGUGAACCAUUACAUGCAUGUUUUACUGCAGUCUGAUCCAACACAAUAGUCACAAAGUUUGAGUGAAAGUUUCUCACCUGAGCUACUCCCACCUGGCAUUUCUAAAAUGGCAGUUCAGCAUGUGUUUGAUGUACAUGUAUCCCAGAGUGCAUUGCAGUUAAAUGUCACCAGAUGUUUUGGGAUAAACGUUUUCGCAGGAGUUCAAAUCCUCUGUGGACUCAGAAACCUACAAGGAUUAAAGUCUUGAACCAAGGGGUGAGUGUGUGUGAGAGUGUGUGUGUAUGUGCGUGAGAGAGAGAGGAAAGGUUUGAACUACACACUAUCUGACUUCAGACAGCUUGUGAAAUAUGGAUGAACUGGUAAAUAUUUUCCUCUAGAUUUUGCCUGUCAGGUGAUGCCAUGUCCUGGGGGAAAUACCGCCCUUAACUUACAUCAAUCAAAGUUUGUUUGGUUUUGUCAACAGAGUCAACACAGUGUUAUUGUGGAGUGUGUGUGAAUCACACUGUGUGGAGAAUUUAUUAACACUAUUUAUGUGGCAAUUACAAAGUUUUCAAUUGGAAGUUGUCUUUGUAGUUAUGUGUGAAUGGUUCACAAAAGCUCUGUAAAGCAUAUGUGAUUUAAUCGAGUGUUAAACAUUUGUGACUGAUAACUCACAAAGCAUCACAAAGCAUAAAAAAAGAGGAUAGAGACAGGUAGGGCUGGGUGAUAUGGGAAAAAGUUUAUCACGAUAUAUUUUUUUCAUAUCAGUCGAUAUCGAUACAUAUAUCACAAUAUAAAAAAAUCACUUGUCAAUCUUGAAUGUUCCCUGUUACUCUUAUAUGAAAUUUAAGAGUACUUAUUGGUAGCAUGUCUUUUGCAAUACAAUAAGCUUCUGCAUCUGUGAGGUCUUUGUGUCUCUUCGACUUUUUAUCGUAAGGCGUGGCGCUAGAGAAAGCGGACUGAAUGGUCGGCUAUUUCGGCUGCACAGGCAGCAUGAGCUCCUUGCUCAGCUCUCGGUUUGUAACCUUUUGUAAUGCGCGUGCUCUGCCAUGUGGCACUGCUUCAGGUGGUGAAAGAGAUUUUAGGUAUUUCCCGACUUUGCGAGAACAUGUACUUAAAAUAAUUUGCAGUUCACAUCACUGUGCUUCAUGUCCGACCUCAAAAAACCAAGCCGAUGUCAUCAUCUGUUGAGUCUUCAUCUGCAUUUCUGCCGGGGGUAGCACUCAUUUUUUCUUUUUUUUUCUCACUGACAAUGCUGUCGGCUUCACGUGUUAAAGUGCUAUGAUUGUGUGUAGCUGCAGCCUGCUACUAUGCAGUUGUUUGCUACUUGGUUCUCAUUCAGCACAUGAUUGGUUCAGUGUGAAGUGGACCCAGAGCAACUCCCCUUUUUAUUGGCUAUUCAGUAAGGGUACCAAAACAUGGCAGAAUGCUGACUAUCAAAAAGCAUAUUGACCAUGUUUUAUAUUGAGGGAAAUUAAUUAAUAUAUAUCGUUAUUGUUUUAUCGCCCAGCCCUAUAGGCAGGAAUCAAUAACAACAAAAAGUCAUACAGAACAUACUGUAAAUGUAUUUUCAGUAUGCAGUGGUUAAAUAUUGACAGACACAAACACUGGACACAUAGAUGCAUGUGGGACCUUCACUAUUUUGCUCUGCUACUAUUCAAACAACACAGGAGUCAGAUAGAUUGAGCACUCUCUGUGGGUUAUCCUUUAACAACACAAUCACAGUUGGUCUGUGUGCACAUGUCUAUUCCCAUACUGUUUAUAAGCGGUCAGUUUACUUCUAAUAAAUGUUGGUUAUAACAGAGUGUUACCAAGUUAUCCAGAUACCUUCCUCCUGGUGGAGAAAUGGUUAAUACUGACCUGUUUCAAAUAAGAGCUCAUCUUUCUGUAUCUGAAUGUGUAUUCAGUUUGCCAAUAUUGGACAAAAACUGGACUUCACAGUUUUGCAAAUUGUGGCAAAAAAAGGAAUGCAAAACUGUCAACUUAUUCAACCAAAAGUUUAAUACUUAGCUGCCAGUUUUCUGGAAAACAAGCAUUUAGUGUUUUUCCUACCAGCCAGAUAACCUCUGAUGCUGAAACUUGGAGCCAAUGCAAAAAACACAUUGUUCCCAGAGUCACCACUUCAGUUUUGAAGAUAUUAUGGUUAUUAUGAGUUUUGUAUGAGAAAGGAAAGGACGCUUGUAGCUGUUAUUGAGGAGGUUCAGGGCCUGCCUGAACUCCACCUCUUUGCCUGUUGUUAGUCAACCAAAAUUUGGGUUUAGUCAGCAUUUUCCGGUACCAUAAUACCGCCAAUAAGCUUUGAGAGUCCACUUCAGAAACUGAUGAGUGAUGUCACUGAGAUAACAUCUAUGAGUAAUGCAGCGUGACCCACACUAAAACAUUUUCAUUGCUAUGUGCAAAGGUUGUGUUUUGUUGCAUAUUACAAAUUGCAAGCUCACACUCGUGGAGAUUGCAGGUGAUAGAGCUUGCAAAUACUGUGUAUGAUGCAAAAGACAAAGGCUAUUGACUGCCUCCUACAGCCUGCAGUGAGAAUAAAUCCUUGAAGGCCACAGUUUACUCUGAGGACUGCAAACAGAUGCAGCACUUAACCUGUUCUUUUUGAAUUGCUGUGGUUCACUCCUGAAUCCUCUUUAGUAAUCACAGGUUUUAACACGUCAACUCUGGCUGAAACCUCAGGUUGUACUUGGUCUGGGUAUCCGGGAAGUGUCCUGAAAAGACUUCACCUUACUGUACAUGUUUAUAGGGGAUGAUAACCGUCGGUGCAAAGAGACAGUUUACAUUUAUCUCUGUAAAACUGAUUGAAAAGACACGAUCUUUGGUGAAUACAGCUUCACUUAAUCUUAAUCAAAGACUUGAAUUCACUUAUUAAAGGCAUAGCUGACAAUCCGAGAAGCAGUUGAAAAAAACUGAACCGUUGAAGCAGAUUGGAAAAAAAGGGUCUCACCCCUCACACACAAACCUCUCCCCUAUGUGCUCCACGAUAACCCCCCCCCCCCCACCCCCCGAACCUGUAUCGCCCUCCCCAUGACACUCCCCCUCUGGCAGAGCAAGAAUCGGUAGAAGGUCCUACACUAGCUCCAAAUAGGAUUCACCAUGUCGGAUUGCUCGUGACUAGCGGCAGUAAACACCAGCUCUGCUAGCGAGCACCGUCUGCAGCUGCCUGGACAGCUACCGUGUUGACAUUGCAGUGACUACUAAGAGUUAUUUAUGUAACAUGUGCCACGAUGAAAGUCAAAAAUUACCUGUUCAACAAAAACUCUGCUGUCUCGGCGUCUGUUUUCAGGCCCAAAUCCUAGCAGAACUUUCUCCACCCCUCGAAGGAUGACCCAAUGUUUUUUUGAGUUAGAUUCCUCGCUUGGUCACAUUUCCUCUUCGACCCUGCCCUUUCUCCCAUGGGCAUGCGUUUCCUUCCCACUUUUGGCGGUGGGGCAGGUAGAAGUGUUUUUUGCGUCCUUCUCCAUCACAGCUUCUGUAGCUAAGUUGCUAUGCUACUGUUAGCCGCUUAGAAGUCAAGGGAGGGGACGAGUUGGAACUACGGGAGAGGGGUGUGUUGAAUACAGCGAGGUGAUGGGAUGGAGAGGCGGAGCAGGAGAUUAACCAAUAGGAGCUCUCUGGGAUGGAUGGCUCCCAUUGGUUAAUGUUUUUGCAGCCCUGCACAUGCUAGGGUGAACAGAUGUUUUCCUUUUUUUUUUUUCUCUUCACUUUGUGGAGAUUGCACUAUAGGACCAUGAUCGCCAUAGAAACGAGGUUCAUAAUAAUAACCAAUCUCUCCAAUCAUCAACCAUGCUUUUUAAUUUAGAAAAUACUGGAAAAGAGAGAUGUGUGAGUAGGAAAAGUGGUCAAGUGAGAAAGUGGUGAGAGUCAAAAUAGGAAAGAAAGGCAGAUGCUGUAGGAGAGAGAGAGAGCGAGAGAGAGAAAAAGCGGUACCCCGGAGGCAAAGCUAGUAAAUGAGUCAUCAGAGUGGAUCUGCUAUCAGGUCUAUUCUAACAGUGCCACAAGUGAAUGGAUGCCUUAAAGGUUAGGCAUAAAAUGAUUUCUCAUUUUGCUUCGAUAUCCCCCCAGGUAGACAUUAAUGCUUUAGUUAUGGACUUGACUGUAAAAGCUCCUGGGGUAACGUGCUGCUUGUCUGCCAUAAAUUUCGCCGGCUAUGUAUGCGCACAUUGUGAUUUCAAUAAGGCUGCUUUUAUGGCGAGGAGCGUAUUUUUGUGCAAAUAGUCGCUAAAGUUGAUGUGAUGCUGUGUGUCAUUUCUAUAGCCAGGUAGUCACUCUGUCUGUGGGGCCAACUCCCCGGGUGCUGCUGAUCCUGCAGAUCACAGCUGAGUCCCUGCGCAGCUCUGAUCAUCCUGACCCACAUACACACUCACGCAAACACGCACACAGCACUGCGAGAAACUGUGCAUUCACACAAAAGAAAAAGCCUCACACAAAGCAUUUCCAUUUGAGCUUCAUUUCUGCUCUGUUGAGUCUGUUCGUGUCACAACUUUGCAGAUGUUUUAGCCAUGGGGACAUGAACACUAAAUUUGCACAAAUUCUCUCUGCAGUCGUUUGGUUGGAACAGUGGGUUUUGAAAUGAUAAUGAAUCUGUGGGCCAGGAUCUCCCACAUGGCACCAUGUCUAGCAUGGAAACAGAAGAAAUAAUGAAAAAAAGGCAAGCCCUGGAAAGCAGAAGAAUGAGAUUUUUUUCUGUCAAAUGUGAAAGUCAAAUUCUGGCUGAACUAGAUUUCACCUUCAAGUAGGCUGCGCUUCUCAAAAGCAAUAAAAAGGCAUAAAAUGUGAAACUUAGGUUAAUCUUAUACAGGCAAAGAGCAGAGCUGUCCUCAAAACAAGUGACUAACAUUUUGCUGUUCUGCUUUAUCAAUUAAUCUCUGGACAGAGGCGAUUAUAAAAAGAUAAAACACAUAAAAAAGAUAUGAAUACUCUAAGAUAACAUGAUGAAGCAAUGACUCACAGUUUAAAUUACACAAUCAGAUCACAAAAAAUGCUUGCACACUCCUGCACAUGUGAUGUCAGAGUGCAAUCAGCAGGCGAUAAGGCGUUGUAAAAAAACAUAAACACACUGACAGUAGGCAGAAGAGGGUUAAAAAUCACACACCGUCUUACACUCUCAAACACAAGGAGGGAUUGGUAGUCUACAGGUCAGGUUCCAGUGGGAUAUAACACAGCAGGGAGCAGUGAGAGUCCAGACUCAACUUGUGAACAUGACAGUGGGGGAUGACAUGUAUGAGGAAGUGAAGCCACAGAGCGUGCAUCCCCUGGGUGCAGCAGCUGUCCCUGACCCCGAGCUGCUGUGCAUAUUUGGGACGGGGGACUUGGGGCGUUCUCUGGGCCUGCGUCUGCUGCAAUCUGGAUACAGAGUGGUUUACGGCAGCCGGAGACCCAACAGCUGUGGCCCCCUGCCCGAGGGAGCUCAGGUAGAUUGGUAAAACUGUGACAAAAAAAAAAGGAGAGUGUUUGUAGCUAAAUCGUGUGUCCUAAUGUUGUGAAUGUGUGUUUUUGUUCAGUCGAUGAGCCAUGCUGCAGCAGCCCAGUCAGCCAACAUAAUCUUCAUCUGCGUUCACAGGGAGCACUAUGGAUUCCUGGAGACUAUGGCACCCCACCUGGAGGGAAAGGUGAGUUAAGAUUAACAAGAGUGCAUAACAGGGAGAGCUAUCAACAAACAGUAGUGUUAGAGUUGAUAAGAAAUUAUUAAAGCAGAGAAAAAAGAUUAUUGCUUCUGAUUAAGAUCAUCAGAAACACUGGAGGUACAAACAAAAACUUAAGACAAAUUAUGUCAAAAUCACAGCACUUUGAUUUCAUUAUAAUGAUGCACUACUUUAUCAAAUGGGACACAAAAUAUAGACUUAGAUUUAUGAAAUAAACAAAAUAAGGACUCAAAGAAAACCUCUCUUUUUUUAAACGCUGCCACCUGCUACAACAGUUGUGUAUCAAAUUUGGUCAUUCUCACAUUGUUUUAUGUUCUCUAUUUAUUCAGCUUGUUAUAAAAGAAUACCACUGUCAUUAUCCUAACAUUUAUUUGGGGGGGAUGGGGGUGUUACUGGGGACACUUUUUGCAACUUACAGCGGGCAUAAAACAAGUAGACAAAAGUAAAAGUAAGAUCAUCACUGUCACCUUUUCCAAACUAAACAUAUCAAACAUAUAUUCAAACUGGUUUCUAUCAGCCAAAUUAUAAAGACUCCACAGUGUUAAGGUAUCCAUCUUUUUGUGAGAAAUAAGCAAAACUAAGUUUUGAGGAACAGCUGUUUGCAAAGUGGGGGUAUUUUUCUCUUCUCUAAAAAACCACUGGACAUUUCAAGGUUACUGUAGGGCCCCUAAUGGGGUUUAAACCAUAAAUGUGUGACCACAGAUAUUCGUAAUAUAUGGACUCACAGGUACAAUAGGAAAUAUUAACAGCAAUAUAGAACUGGGUCGUUCACAAUACCUGGAUUAUCAAAAUAAAUUUACUGCUUUGAGGUUUAUAGUCUGUGUAGACACAUUUUUACAUGGGCAUAAUACUGAAACAUCAAAAUUUGGUCCUUUCUUGUGUUUGAAGAUAAUAAAAAAUAGAUUUCCUUUUGUACUGAUUUUAAAUUGCUUGCUUUGAAAGUGGUAGUCCUGUGUUCUCAACGGCAGAAUGAAAAUGUGUGAGGCAAUGAACUGAAACUACAAUUUACUGUUAUGAAUUUAAAAAUUAUGCCAAUCUCAAGAAAAAAAUAUACUUUACAUGGAAAAAAAUGUAAAUAAAAAAAUCUGCAUAAAAACAUAAAAACAAUAUCAAAAUUCAAAGUGUAAAAACCAAAUAGAGUGAAAUUGAAAGAGCGAUUUGGAAAGAAAAGGUUAAAAGUUUCUGAUCCUAAUCAGAAACCAAUGUUAUCGUCAUUACUCACUUUGAAUCAGGAUCAUCCACUUAACUCUGUUUCUACUGUCUGCUGUUAUUUUACACAUAGCACUACAGUAAAGAAGUCCACUUAGAGUCAGGAUGAAAGUUGAACAUUUUACUUUUAAACAUGCAGCCCUCCCUAAUAGCAGAGCAAGUGGAGAAGGUGGAAAAAAGGGAUUAGCAAUUCAGAUCAUUUUUAACCAGAUCAAAAAUUGUAAACUAGACUGUAUAUAGAAUGGACGUCCUCUGCCUCCUUGCUGGGUGAAGCCUCUGCAAAAAUAGCACCCCCUGGUGACUGGUUGCAGUACAGGCCAUAAAUCCCGCCUCCUCUAGCAAAAUGAAUGAAGCUGUGGACAAACUUUGAAAAUUACACAGAUUAUAAAUUUUUCUCCCCCCUGGUUGCAAUGUUGACAUGUAGUCACUGUAAGACUGGUUUGUGCUCAAGUCCUCUUUUUUCUGUACAGCUCCAUUUUUAAAAGUUAUUAGGGGGUUCAUGUUUUCUAUGACUGACACUUAAUACAGCCUAUGAGUGUACAAGGAUUGCAUAGAUCAUCCGGGGAUACGCUGUUUGAACAGAGCGUCAUAAUAGUGACUUUACUGCCGAGUGCCACUGUGCAAAUGUAGGUUUCAGGAAAUGGAGAAAAUCCCAGAAAUACUGAAAGCAAUUUAGCUUCAAAUCGCACAAUGAUGAGCGGCUGAGUCACAUUGACCGUACAGUCUUUGCCUAUGUCCAAGCUGACAUACUCAUUGUUUUAUUUUAUUUUUAACAAGCCAAAAUAUAUUUAGUUUAAAGUCUGAGAGAGGUAGAAAAAAACAAACAAGAAAGAAAAAGAAAAUGUUCAAAUCUAAUAACCUAGAAUCAAAGAAGAUUAACUUUUUUCCCUAAUUGGCCAAAAAAUGUCAUGAAUCAUUCAUUAAAAAAGUCUGUGAUUAAUUAACAAUACACAGCUGAUCAAUUAAUACUUGGACUUCUUCAGUGAUAACAUCCAGGCCUUAGUUUGUAAAGCGUUUCCCCCGAUGGUGUGCAUAAUCAGCGUUCCUCUCAGGUUAUUUUUUGCAAGAUGUGUAAUGAAGCCUUUUUUCUGUUCACACCUUUAUCAAAAUUUCUGCAUUAAUCAGCAUCCUCUUUUUGCUCUAACAGGAAUAUGAAUGAGAUAAGAUAAGGCUUAAUUGGAUAGAUGUGACUCUUUUUCUUCUUUACCUCUCUGUUGAUGCUUAAAGGUGCUGGUGGACCUCAGUAAUAACCUGAAGAAAGGCAUGUACCCGGAGGCCAACGCCGCCUACCUACAGAGGUAACACAAAGCUGUGAAAACAUCUCUCCCAUAAAUACCAUAUCUGUUAAAUCGAACCUGAUCAGACAAAUUUAGCUUAUUUUUUUGACAUGCUCUUAAAAUGUUCAGCUUGUGUGCUACCAGGAAAAUAAAAUCUUUGUUGCAUCUCAGCAAGACUUUUUUUUCACUGUAGGUGCCACUUUUUUUUUUUUUUCAUAAAUACUGGAUUUUUUUUUUCUUGAAAGUGCUUCUAAAUGCCAGUUAGAGCAUGAGACAUCAAAACUCUCUGCUGAAUCUGUGAGAAAUGAAAAAGAGAAAAAAAAAAUUGUGGGGUUUCAGCUCUCUUGGCAGGAUGUCCUGCUGUGUGUCUAUUCAGCUGAAGUGGAAACAUCAAUUCUUACCAUUUUUGAGCCCCUUACUUCCCCGUCUGUGUGUCUGAAGACAGAAACAAUAGCUGAACUAAAAGUCCUUGCUGUGUGUUCUGCAGACUGGUCCCUGGAGCUGCUGUGGUGAAAGGCCUUAACACGCUGUCUGCUUGGGCUCUGCAGAAUGGACUGCUGGCAGGGAAGCAGGUGAGAGAGGGCUGUAAGUGAAGAAUCUGUUAAAAGAUGUCAGAGGGAUCAAAGGGGAACAGAGGCUAGAAGCUUCUGAAAGCUUUGUUUGACUAGCCUGAGCAUUCAAAGCAGAGUUUUAACAGGAAGAGAUUACAGACUUGAUGUUUUCACAGUGAUACGUGUUUGACUUCAAACUAGAAAACAAUAAUUGCUUUCAUCAUUUCCCGGGACACAACGGGAUAAGUGUCUGUCAGAGUUGUUAUUAAAGCAAGAUGAAGUCUUCAUCAUUCACCAUGCAAAAUUUGGAAAAGCAAUCGAUUUCAUUUGUGUCGCUGCACAUGAUUGAUUCCGGCUUCUUCUCUAAACAAUGGAAGGAGGAAAAAAAAAUGAGGACAGCUCUCGUAUAAACACACAAACAAACAAACACACUUUAUGAUGUUACAAAGUACAAAGAAGCGUGUUUAUUGCAGCUUCCGUUUCACUGCUACAAAGAGAAACACAAACAUGCUGAAAUCUCUGGAGACCAAACCUGAAUCUGCCUCGAAUCCUCUUCAACUCAAACACCCCCCCAACCCCCAAAACAUACACACAGGCACAAACACACACACACACUAUCACACACUAACACACACACACAUUAAUACCAUUGCAGUGCUCUAUUUUCUUUGAAAACAGGUAGCAGUGAGAGAACAUGAGUCGAGCAUCUGAAAGUGUGUAGGUACAGUACAUUUCCACACACAUGCGCAUGCUUGUAAGUGUGUGCUAUUCCCCGGCCGGCAAUUUGAUUAGAUCCACAGCGGGGCCGUGCCUCUGUCACAUUUACAUUCAGAUGGAGAUUUAGUCUGUCGGCCGUCCCCUGCUGUUACUGGUGCAGUAAUGUAGGGAGACAUGGCUGGCUGCCCGGUCCACUUAUACACACACCUGGGGGAAAACCGCUCAAUCCUGCUGCCUCCACUGUACGCCUGUCAAACUGCGCGCUCCUUCUCUCUCACCCUCUCCACAGCUCUCUUUAUCUCUCUUCUUUUGUGCAGUUUUUACCCCCCUUACAAACAACUUAAUCGCCUUAUCACAGAGCUGUGAGUGUGGUAAUAACCUUCAGCAUGGUGAGAACUCCAAAUGGGAUUACAUAUUUAGCACCGUAUGUAAAUAUAGUUUGCAUGUGUUUUGACAUAGCCGUGUAUUUCCAAGGGUUUCAUCCUGAAAUGACUGUGUGGAGAUCAACAAAAACCAGGGUAAUUUUGUCGACAGACACUGUAGGUGUACGCGGCGCAGCCAUGCAUAACAUAUUGGAAACAGGGCUGGUGAGUCAUUGAACAAUAAUCAGAGGGAAAUUAUUAGAAACUGAAAAAUAAAAGGGGAUCGCCAUGAAGAAUUACAGGGUUUUUUUUGUGUUAUUCAAAGGUAUGAUUUGAAGAAAAGAUGCACCUGGUGUUUUGAAUAGUAAUCUUGCUGACUACAUAAUUGCAGAUCAAGAUGUAGUUCGAUGGAACAGUAUGUGCUAAAACCUUGUUCAGAUGUGUUUGAAAUCAUGCCUUUGAGGUAAUUAAAACUGAAAAUGUUUUCCAAUGUUAUAGGAUGUCGAAGCCUCUUACCCGGGGUGUCUUUGACUUUCAAUAUUGCAGAAAAAUUCUUCUCUUUUCAACAAAUUGUAAACUGAGGAGUAUCGACAAAGAGUUUAUUCCAACAGGAUGUUUUGUCUGUGUACUCAGUGCCUCUCUACUGAACUUGUCUGGGUUUUUUUGCACAUUAUUCUCUCUCUCCUUUAUUAUUUUUUAUUUAUUUUUUAAUCAUCCCGGUUACAUAUUUGUCUUAUUCUCUGGAACUGUUGUUGGAUCAGACUUUAAUUACCCCUUAGGGACAAAUUAAGUUUUUAUUAAGUUAAAUUAAAUUGAAUUAAAUUAAAUGAAUAAACCAGGCAGCAAAAUCUUGCACUGAAAAAUGCAGCCAAUCUGGAACCUCUAUAUUAACCCUGCAGUUCCUCAAAUGUCCAUUUGAGGCUUUCUGAGGAGCACAUCUCUUUAUCUUUGUAACUUUGACAGUCUCUGGAAUGUAUUGGUGUGAUUGCACCAGGUAUUUAUUCAUUUAUUUCAUAGGAGCUGGGUGUUUUCCUCUGUUGUUUGCGUUCUGUCACCAGAGUUUGGUACAGACCUUUAUUAAUCAAAGCCGCAGUUGUUGAAUGAAUAUAGGGCAAGUUUAGUUCAGUUGUAAUUUAGCUUAUGCUUCAGAGACAGUAUUUGUCAUUCAGCUUUAAUAAUAGAUGGAGGCGUCUGAGCUAAACCUGUUCAUAGCUAACUGUUAACAAUGGUAACUUAACUACCAUUCAGGGACCUGCUGAUAUCAAUAAUUCCAGUUGCCGAGGCGUUUGUGUCCUCCGGUGACUCUCAAUAACUCAAACAUACUUUUGCUUCAUGUUGAUGAUUGCUUGUGCUGGUCUUUUGUGCAGAGCAAAGGAGAGAUGUAAAUGAAAAUGCUAUUGUCUACACCCACAGGGUCCAUUAUUGAUUGUUUUUUACACAUUUUCGUAGGUGCUCUAUCCGACACUCGACUUUGUAUUGCCAGUAUUUAAAGCCGAACCUAUUCUUAAACCGCCCAUUAAAUCAAACAAUCAUCCCCUUGUGCUCCAGGUGUACCUGUGUGGGAACAGUGCAAAGGCAAAGCAGGCUGUAGGCGAGAUGGCCACAAAGCUGGGCCUCACUGUUUUGGAUAGAGGAUCUCUGUCAGCAGCCAGAGAACUGGAGGACUUCCCCUUGCGGCUGUUCCAAGAGUGGAGGCUGCCGCUACUUGUUGCUAUCGGCCUUAUCGCGUUCUUCUUCUUCUAUCUGCUGAUUAGAGAUGUCAUCUAUGCAGCUGUUGAACAGGACAAAAACAUCUCUUACAGAAUUAUGAUAUCCCUGGCAAACAAGGUAAAAGAGAGCUGCAUUUCUUUUCUUCAAGUAUCCCAUGGAUGGCAUUUUGUUUUCUUUUUAAAGGAUGCGCUCUAUGUUCGCCCUCGAUCUUGCAGGUGUUUCCAAUUGUGUCUCUCAUCAUGUUGUCCCUCUGCUACCUGCCGGGAGUUAUUGCUGCCUUCCUCCAGCUCUACAGAGGGACCAAGUACAGGUCAGACAUCAAACUUGGGCAGAAAUGUUCACUUACUGUGCAAUUUGUUGUUAAAAAAAGGCGUAUCAUAGUCUGAGAAUGAAGUUACAAGCUGACUUUUGGAUGUUCCAGGCGCUUUCCUGAUUGGCUGGACCGCUGGAUGCUGUGCAGGAAGCAGAUGGGUCUGGUUGCACUGGGCUUGGCUUUCCUCCAUGCCAUCUAUACAUUCAUCAUUCCCAUUCGCUACGCUGUCAGACACAAGCUCAUCUCGACAGUGGUGAAUGAGGUAUAGCAGGCUGGUUCAAAUCCUGCAGGGUUUCCUGAAUCCUGAAGACGUUAAGUUUCUAUUAAGACAGUCACCAUUUUAACAGCGCUGUGUUUUUGUCUUUGUGUCUUUCAGAUGAAGAACAAUAAAACCACUCCAUUUUACUUUGAUGACACUGAGGCGUGGGGCACAGAUUCAUUCUAUGUGCUGGGGAUCCUGGGCUUCUUUCUUUAUGUCCUGCUAGGACUUACAUCCCUGCCGUCAGUGGGAGGCACUCUCAGCUGGAGAGAGUUCAGCUUUGUUCAGGUCAGAGCACAGUUAGAAAUAUGUGUUUCUCUGAGUGCAUGUGUUAGUUUUACUGUGGGCUGUGAGUGCUUGUAUUUGCUUUCCAGCCUGUGUUGUAUUACUGUUAUCAGUCAUGCGCUUGCUAUCUGUAAAAAACAUCUCAUAAGGCCGUUCGGAUAAUCUAUAUUUGGAGUGCGCAUGUUCUCACCAGAGUUAUUAAAGUAUUGUAAAAGCAAUACGUCAUUGGCACUCAGCUCCCCAGGGCCAAGUUAACUAACUGCAUGGACGGGGCACAAAGAGCGAAAGCCUGACUGACUUUAGCCCAGGAUUUUAAAUGUUAAGUUAUUCAUUAAAAAGAAUUAUGAUACCUGCUAUGAUCCCAUGGGGGGAAGAUUGUUAAUACAGGUCAUAGAUCCGUUUGUGUAAAGGUCAGGUCCAUAGAUAGUCCACAGAUAGGAAAAGACUCAGAGAUAGAGGCCAAGGUCAUGAUAUUCUUCAUGAUCUGGUGUAGAGAGUUGAGCAAAAAACCACAAUAACAGGUAUUUCCAACAUCUGUGCAACAUUUGAGGACAAAUGCCACGGAAAAUUGAUUAAACUUAUCUUUUUUUUUUUAAUUUCUCAUUGUAUUUAUUGAAAAAAUCAUCUAGAAAUAUGCUCACUUCCAAAAAUAGGGUAUCCACCAACACCCAAAGCAGGUUAAUUACAUGUUAGCCACUAAGAGGAUUUUACAUAUGACCAGAUUUCAACACAGCAGUGAUUGUUCAUAUGUUAAUUAAUUUCUUGUUACUAUGGUUAACCUUUAUUUUCUGUCUUGUUGAGAGUUAAUUUAUAGUUUAUAAGUUAGUACUUAUAGUAGCUUUGUGUCGAUUCUGAGUUGGCUCAGACUGAAAAAAGGAGAACAUCUACUAAGCAGCCACACCAGUUAGCUAGAUAGCUAACAGGUUUCUAUUGUGCUUCUAUAAUCAAUACAGAAGAUAAAAUGUGCAAAUGAUAAAGGGUGUGUUUAUGAGGGAUUAAAGAAUAUGGCAGAUUUUAUUUUGGGUGUGGAACCUUCUGCUGAUAAAGAUAGGAGUUAACUGGUGAGCUUUUAGGUGCUGAUAGGCAGGUUUUUAUUACUUUUCUACCAAUUAGUAGCGGCCCUCAGUGAAGCAAAGCAAAGCAGUGAGGUAGCUAGCUCUAGCUACAUGUUUAAAGCUCAAACAUAAGAGUGGUAUUGAUCUUCUCUAAUUCUCAGAAAAAUAUCUUUUGAGCAUACCUUUUACGUAAGAUGUUACAGUAUUUUUUAUGACAUUUAUGUUCUUUUUUUUCUUAGUCAAAGCUGGGCCACCUGACCUUGUUCAUAUGCACGGCGCAUGGCUACAUAUACGGCUGGAACAAAUUUCUACGCCCUUCAACAUACAAGUGGUACACUCCUCCAGGCUACAUGCUCUGCCUGAUCGUACCUUCUAUAGUGCUGGUGCUCAAAUUCCUGAUCCUUCUCCCCUGUGUGGACCGGACCCUUACCCGCAUCCGUCAAGGCUGGGAGAGAACCGAGCCAAAGGAAGAGAUGGUUAUGACCAAGGCGACUAAUCUAUAAUCACUCCUAAAUCACUUUGGAAAGAUAUCUUAAC